AUGGCACAGCACGGGACCAAGAGGAAGCUGGAGACCGGCGAGCCAAUGUCGGUGUGUGUGCCUGACACGAUGAAGCUCGCCUCGGCUUCACCCAGAAGACGCAUUGGUGGAUUGAAGAAGGCGGCGGUGGUGGAGGAGUUCGGCCAGCCGCUGGUGGUGAAGCAGGUCCCGGUGCCGGAGCCCGGCCACGGGGAGGUCUUGGUCAAAGUCAUCGCCUCUGGGGUCUGCCACACGGAUCUCCACGUGCGGGACGGUGACUGGCACGUGAAGCCCACGCUGCCCAUCAUCCCGGGCCACGAAGGGGCAGGGGUCGUGGUGAAGUUGGGCCCUGGGGUCACCACUUUGAAGCUCGGGGACCGCGUGGGCCACGCCUGGCUCCACGACUCCUGCGGGGGAUGCGACUACUGCCUCUCCGGCUGGGAGACUGUCUGCGGCAACCAGCACCAGACGGGCUUCUUUGCCAACGGAUGCUUUGCUGAGUACACCAUUGCAGAGGCCAACUACGUGGGGAAGAUCCCGGAGAACGUGAGCUUCGCGCAGGCUGCGCCGAUUCUGUGCGCUGGGGUGACCACCUACAAGGCGCUCAAGGAGACGGAGGCCAAGCCGGGGCAGUGGGUGGCCAUCCUGGGCGCCUGCGGGGGCCUGGGCCAUGUGGGCUGCCAGUACGCCCAGGCCAUGGGCCUCAAGGUGUGUGCGGUGGACUUCGGCAGCGACAAGAGAAGCUAUGCCCUGGAGGUGUUGAAGUGCAAGGCCUACGUGGAUAUCCAAGGCAAGAGCUCCGAGGACAUCGUGGCAGCGGUGAAGGCAGCUUGCGACGGAGUGGGAGCGCAUGGGACCGUGAUCCUGGCACCGGUGCUGGCGGCGUUCCGGCAAGGGGUCGACAUGCUGCGGCCCAUGGGCACGGCAGUGGGCAUCUCCCUCCCGCCGGGGGACUUCAUGGUGGAUAUUUUCUCCCUGAUCGUCCAGCGGAAGACGAUCCGCGGCUCAAUCGUGGGCACCCGCAAGGACCUGAACGAGUCUCUGACCAUUUGCGGCGAAGGUCACGUGAAGUGCACAGUGGAGGAGAGGAAAUUGGAGGACAUCAACGGCAUUUUUGAUGACAUGGCGAAGGGCAAGAUCAAGGGCCGCUGUGUGCUUCGCAUUGCUCCUGACCCGUGA